UUGUCCAUCAGAACGGGUGGCGAAGACACGGAGAGCAUAGAAGAAGAAGCGGGCGAUAUUACCAUUAAUUAUGAUUUUACCGUGGAAAAUGUGGAUGUGGUCGAAAUUGAGCGCUUUUUGGAGCUGCUUUUGCAGCGGGGCGGUAAAUUUAAGCUGAUAUGGUUCAUGGAUUUAUCGGCACUCUAUGCAAAAGAUACAGUGCUCAAUUUCUUGCGCAGCUUCGUCGCAGCCUAUUUAAUACAGGGAAAAUGGAAAGAGGAUAUCGAGGAAUUUUCUAGUCCGGCUGAUCCUCGCUGGCUGCAGUACAUCCGUGAAUUGACUCCGUCGUUUUUGAUGAUUGGGGUUGAGAAUGUGUCGAAGAAUGUGGCCGAAAAGAGGGAGCUAAAUUUCAAGGAGCUGCUUGCUUCAAUUGCCCUGCAGGCCGUCUGUUCAUCGAUACCGGUCGUUUAUUUGAAUGGGCUUGUUGCGAAUCUCUGCUCGUUGUACAGUCAUCGUAUCGAGCCGCAUAUGGUCGAUUUCAUCGGCUGGGAGGAUUACUUGCGCACUCUCUGGAGUAGUCUCACACACAAAGCAGUUCGAAGUGUGGAUCUCUCUAGUCGCAAGAGCAUUGCACAUUUAUGGGCUCACAUCAUUGGUGACUGCAAGAUGAGGUUUGUUUUUGAUUUCAAGUUUUUCAUUCAAUUGAAGGGGCGAGGCCAUCAGUUUUGUAUGUAAAC